AUGUUCUUCCUCCGAGUCCACUCAGUGGACACCAACCACCCCCUCAGCCUCGAAGACGCCGAGUUCACCACUAUCACAACUUCCAAGAUCACCAGUGUUACUGAAUCAAACCCUAACACCAGCUCCAAAUUCAGCGAGCGAAGAGGCAUAGCUCACCUGUUCCGAAGCAUAGGACACUCGUCGCUGCCAAACAGUCCUGCCUCUCGAUCCACUCUCCUCUUCGUCAUUGCUGUUCCCAACUACCUCUCCUUCGACGACUUCAUCCGCUUCUGUGGGUCCCGAAUCGACCAUGUCCUCGAACUCGUCUUCAUCAGGAACGAUGGGAUGGAAGAUCGGUACAGUGUUUUAGUUGAGCUGAAGAAUCAGAUGACCGCCGACGGAUUUUAUCACACUUUAAAUGGGAAGAAGUAUUCGCCUGGAGAGGCCGAGGUGUGCCACAUUCUGUUUCUGCUUUCUGUGGACUACACAGAUUCAGAGGAAAUAGCUGGGACUCCUCCAGAAGGAUGUACUGAAUUACCAACUUGCCCAGUUUGCCUUGAGAGAUUGGAUGCAGACACUAGUGGAAUAGCAAGUACACUUUGUGACCAUUCAUUUCAAUGUCCAUGCAUUUCAAAAUGGACUUAUUUAUCUUGUCAGGUUUGCCGAUUUUGUCAGCAGCAGGAUGAAAAGCCAGCUUGCUCUGUAUGUGGAAUAUCUGUGAAUCCCUGGGUUUGCGUAAUAUGUGGUUUUGUAGGAUGUGGAAGAUAUACAGAAGGUCAUGCUGUUAGGCACUGGAAGGAUACACAACAUUGCUAUUCUCUUGAGUUGAACAGGCAGCAGAUCUGGGAUUACGUUGGUGAUGCUUAUGUUCACCGCCUGAACCAAUCGAAAAUUGAUGGCAAGCUAAUAACUGAUACGGAUUCUCAAUGUAUGUCAGUGGAAGGGGAUUGUGACAGGUGUGAAUGCAGUGACGAUUCUGGAAUUAGUGGAGCCCUCUAUAGCAGCAAAGUUGAAACUAUUGUAGACGAGUAUAACCGACUUCUUGCAAGUCAGCUUGAGACGCAAAGACAAUAUUAUGAAUCUCUACUUAUGGAGGCCAAAAGUAAAAAGGAAAGUUCAAUUUUAGAAGCAGUGGAGAAGGCUGUAAAUUCCAAGAUGCAGGAUAUUCAAGCGAAACUAGAGAAAUGUCUUGAGGAAAGAAAUGGUGUUGAAGAUAUCAACCGUAAUCUCAUAAAGGACCAAGAAACCCGGCGCGGGAAGUUGAAGGAAAUUGAAGUGAGGGAAGCUGCAUCACUGAGGUUAAGAGAGGAGAAGAUGGUUGAUCUGGAAGAACAGAUUAGAGAUCUUACAGUCUACAUUGAAGCCCAAAAAACACUUAACGACAUGACGGAUUCAGAUGGCGUCAAAGGGGGAACACUCUUGCCUGUACCUUCUUCAAAGCAAUCUUCUCCUGCCAACUCUAGAAGACAAACAAAAUCUGGCCGAAGACGGAGCUAA